AUGCUUUCGCGACGAGCCGUCACCAUGCUUCGAUCGCCUGUGGCCCGAGUGGCCCAGGUCCAGGUCCGAGGUAUCCGAGCCUCCUUCGACAAGGCCGAGGAGCCCAUGCUCGGCGAUUACCCCGACAUUGACCCCUUCCCCGCACAGCUCAAGAACCCCUACAAGAAGUACGACGACCAGCAGGACCGACGAAACCUGGAGGAGCCCCUGAGUGUCAACGAUGAUCUGUACGACAUGUGGUCUCCUGACCGAUUCACCCACUUCAAGAACCAGGACGCCCUCAAGUACUUCAUUGGUUUCCUGACCAUCUUCUUCGGUGCCUCUUACGUCGCCACCUACUUUGUGCCCGAGAAGGCCGCCAUCCCCCGAGAGUUCCCUUACGAGGGUCUGUGGAAGGAGUCUGGAGGAACCGAGAAGUCCAAGGCUUUCUUCGGCCAGCGAUCCGAGUAG